AUGCUGUCUCGGGGGAAAAAACUGGUAUUACUGACACGUCCCACAUCACCUAUUGCAAGGGAUGAACCCGAAGCUUCAGUUUCACCUUCUAAUACCAAGCAAGAUAGCAGUAACUCUGUUUUACAAACUUUAAACUCCCCAACUAGUAAUGCUAUUAUUGAUGACGGAAAUUCACCAGUAGAACAACAAUAUGAGUCUCCAACUGGUGACUUCUCUGGUACUGAUUCUGGUGAUGAUUUCAAGCCCUCAUCUAGUUCGUCUUCUUCCACCAGUAGUUCCUCCCGUUCUAGUAGUUCAUCUAGUGAUAGAACCCUUGAAAAUGAAGCUGUUAAUGACCAAGAACCAAAAUUAUCACCGAAAAAAAGGGGAAGAAAACGUACUCGUAAUCCUAAUAACUGGAAGAAAAAUAUUGCAAAAAAAUUAAAAAAUUCUGGUUGUGAAUAUCGAUCAAUUACAACUGGCAAAACAGUUCAGGCUAGAAAAAUUGGUCCCUCUUGUACAGAUAAGUGUCGGCUGGCUUGUUCAUCUCAUUUUACUCAAGAAAAAAGAAUUCAAAUAUUCAAUUCUUAUUGGGAGCUAGGCAGCGUAGAUAGGCAUCGUCAUUUUUUGAAUUCUUGUAUCAGACCACUCGAAAUUGCAAGCCGCCGUAUAAAAACAAAUAGGCGUUACCCGAGACAAAGUAACUCUGCAUUUUAUUUACUCAAUGAAGAUAACAUAAACUUUAACAUCAGUAAAAAUGUUAACGGGGAUGCAAUUAAAGUAAGCGAGAUUAUGAGUAUUAAGUUUAAUAAAAAUUGCGCUAAUUAUCAAUAUCGAACAACAUACAAGACUGAAAACUGGGAAGAGACCAAAGCUGUAUCAGAACCAAAUAGAAAGAACUUACGUCGAGGUCGAGGUAAUGUUCCAAGUAUAAACGAGAUCGCUUUGAAACCAGCGUAUACCUCGAAGAUAGCUGUUACAGAACGCAAGCAGCGCGAUCUUUUGAAUUUGGUAGAGACAAACAUAGUACCAAAAUACUAUGAAAAGUUCUUUAAAGAUCUCAUUUAA